CUGAUGCCGAAUUUUGCCCCAAAAGGCGAGAAUAACUGCUUAAGAGACUCAGCCUAAGUCAGAUAAGCAGCAGAGCAGGAGCUGAGCAUGGAGAGCAGGGAGGACAAAUGCCCGCAGCAGAACCUGGUGGAAGAGGCCGUUUUGAGCGGCUCCACGGCGCAGGAAGCCAACGGGGAGGAAAAGCCCCGGAGAUGCCGCACGAGGAGGGGCUGCAAACGCAGCUGGCGGGGAUCUGAGGGGGAAAGAGCCAGCCUGGGCCGGGAAGGCGGCCGGAGACGGAGCCAGAGCUCGGAGCUGGUGCUCCAUGAGCAGCUCCAUGGUGGGGAGAAGCCCCACACGUGCGUGGAGUGUGGGAAGAGCUUCAGGUGGAACUGCAACCUGAUCAUGCACCAGAGGAUCCACACUGGGGAGAAGCCCUACGUGUGUGGGGAGUGUGGGAAGAGCUUCAGCCUGAGCUCCAGCCUGAUGAAGCACCGGAGGAUCCACACUGGGGAGAGGCCGUACAAGUGUUCUGAGUGUGGGAUGUGCUUCAGAGACUGCUCCAGCCUGAUCAGGCACCAGAGGAUCCACACUCGGGAGAGGCCCUACGAGUGUUCCAAGUGUGGGAAGAAGUUUAAGACCAGCACUCAUCUCCUCCAGCACUAUCGGAUUCACACAGAGGAGAGGCCCUUCCAAUGCCCUGACUGUGGGAAGGGAUUCAAGGCCAACUCCACCCUCGUCACCCACCGGCGCAUCCACACAGGGGAGAUGCCCUACGAGUGUGAUAAAUGCAGGAAGAGGUUUCAGACCAGCUCCAUUCUCCUCCAGCACUAUUGGAUUCACACAGAGGAGAGGCCCUUCCAAUGCCCUGACUGCAGGAAGGGAUUCAAGCGCAACUCCACCCUCGUCACCCACCAGCGCAUCCACACUGGCGAGAGGCCCUACGAGUGUCCCCAGUGUGGGAAGAGCUUCUCACAGAGCUCUAACUUGACCCAACACCAACGGAGGCGCCACUAAGGGAAGCCCUGCGAGUGCCCUGAGUGCGGGCAGAGCUUCGUGCGCUGCUCCAGCUCCAUCCCCCACUGGAGGAGGCACUUUGGGCACAGCCCUGGUCACUCACAUUCCCUGUGAUCCAUGUUGGGAACACACCUGGCU